UACCAGCCAGAAGCUAACUUACAAAAAAUAUUAAAAAAUGCUUAAACGCGACGUGGAAAGCUUAAACAUUGAAGAUUUCGAUGACAGAUACGUGCGUCAUGCAUUCAUCUCGAAGGUCUUCGCCAUUAUUGCGGCCCAGCUCGCCUUAACCCUUGCCGUCCUCUUCGCAUUCGUCUACAUUGAUGCCAUUCAAGACUUUGUAGUUCAAAAUCCUUCGCUUAUGUGGGUAGCGUUAGCUGCAGUUCUGGUUACAAUGUUACCGAUUGCCUGCUGCGAAGGAGUGCGCCGCAGUUAUCCCAUUAACUUCAUACUUCUUAUUCUCUUCACUAUGGCUGAAUCAUUUUUACUAGGUUGCAUUGCCAUCAGAUAUGCACCUGAUACGGUCCUAUACUCCAUUGGCAUAACAACGAUCGUUGUUCUUGCGCUCACCAUCUUCGCCUUGCAAACAUCUAUUGACUUUACCGCCUGUUGGGCCUUUCUUCUGGUUGCUUCUAUUAUUUUGCUUAUAAUCGGCAUUGUGGCAAUGUUUUUUCCUUCGCGUGUGCUAAUCAUAGUUUAUUGUUCUCUUGGAAUUCUCAUCUUUUCCAUCUACUUAAUCUUCGAUAUACAAUUAAUGAUGGGCGGCAAACAUAAAUUCGCGAUCAGUCCAGAGGACUAUAUAUUUGCAGCGCUCAGUAUUUACAUUGAUAUUAUUACAAUAUUCAUAUACAUCCUUACCUUAAUGGGUUUCGUAGAUAACUGAAGAAACGGAAAUGAUUUAGAUGAAUUUGGAAAAAACGAUCGCCAAUGGCUUCAUACAAACAUAUAGAUAUUUAAUAAAGAUUUUUUAUUUACAAAACUUAUUUGCUACAUAACAUCAAAUAAUAUAAUAUUAUUUCAUGUAUCUCAAAAUAUUUUUAAUAUAUUUUCAGUUGAGAUAGGGCAUUUUUGAACCAAAUUCUGAGAUGAGAUAGGGCGUUCCUGAAAAGGUUUCUGAGACAGAGCGUUUUCGAACUAUUUAGCUGCCAAGAUAGGUCGAUCUUCCACUCGGCCGUCGAUUACUCGAGCAAGUUGGUUAAUCAAAUAUUCGGGCAAUAAAUUACUCAAGUCAUCAAGAUUUUGUUUAUUCAAAACUAUGAUUAAUCGAAUUACUUGAAAUAUGAUUAAUCAAAAAAUUGAUUUUGCUCGUUAAAAGAGUUUGCUUUGGAAAAUGCUUAUUUUCUUUUUACAGGAACAUACCAAUAUUUCAGCAUUUUUACGUUCAUUACAUUUUCAAUAAGGGGCCCCAUGCGUGUCAUUUGUGUCAUUUUCUUUAUGCUUAAAUAAGGGUUAAGUCAUCUGUGUCCAAAGAAUAAAUAUUUUUUGAAGCUGCUGC